AUGGUCCUUGGAUCACUUGCUCUUCCUUACAACGGCCUCGCAGCUUCGGAAGCUCACACCCACCCACUGUCUAGGCGUCAGACGACCGAUGCUCUGGAGCGUUUCAGACCUCAGCAACGAGCCGUGUACGUUGCUGGAGACAAAGAACCCGUCGUUGGCCUCGACUCUGCUCGGGCAAGAAGCCCAAUUGAAGCUGCAGAGAGCCACCUCCGAAGUGUUCAUCCAGAGGCCACGUUCCGCAGGGUCGAUGAUGCACAUACCAGCAGCAAUGGCAUCACGCACGUCUACUUCAAGCAGACUCUCAACGGUUUGGACAUCGACGACGCGGAUUUCAAUGUCAACGUUCGCUCUGACGGUACCAUCUUCUCAUACGGAGACUCGUUUUACACUGGUCCCCUGCCCGAGGCGGCUCCAGCUCCAGCUACAGUUCUCGAGCCACAGCCAUUGCUUGAGACAGUUGUUGGUGUUCUUGCACUCCCCAUCGAGCCUGCAGCAGCCGAUAUUGUAGUGCAGGAGACUGCCAGAUCAUUCACUGUCCAAGGCUUGGGUGAUGUAGUUGAGUCGCCGCCAGAUGGUCAACUUGUCUACUAUCGCAAUGCAGCAGGCGAACUCGUCUCUGCUUGGCGCCUGGAAACAGACGUCAAGGACUCCUGGCUCACUACAUAUGUGGAUGCCGAGAACGAGAAUAACGUCCUAGCAAUCACCGAUUACGUCUCUGAUGCCGAAUCGUACCAAGUCUUUGCAUGGCCGCAGAAUGACCCGAGAGACAACACGCGAACAAUUGAAGUGGAUCCGCGCGAUUUGAGAGGCAGUCCACAGGGCUGGCAUCAAGAUGAUACCAGCACGUACCAAGAGACUCGGGGCAACAACGCCAUUGCUCAGCCCAACACGGACGGAGAUGCCAGCUACCUCGACGAGCCACGUCCUCAAGGCGGGAGUAACAACGAAUACCUUGCCGAGUUUUCCGAGAGCCUCGAACCUGCAGAGUACAUUGAUGCGUCCACGAUCCAACUCUUCUACACCUCCAACUACUUCCGCGAUAUGCUGUACGUCCUCGGCUUUACUGAGGCAGCCGGAAACUUCCAGACGGACAAUUUCGGGCGUGGAGGGGUCGGCGAUGACUCCGUGAUCCUCAACACUCAAGAUGGCUCGGGUGUCAACAACGCCAACUUCGCGGCGCCUCCCGAUGGCCAAAUGGGCAGAAUGCGUAUGUAUCGCUUUGACUACACCACCCCCAACAGAGACAGUUCCUUCGACGCCGGCAUCGUCAUUCACGAAUACACCCACGGUCUUACCAUCCGCAUGACGGGCGGACCAGCCAACAGUCGAUGUCUCUCCACCUUGCAGGCCGGAGGCAUGGGAGAAGGCUGGUCGGACUUCUACGCCACUGCCGUUCGAUCCACGGGCAGUGAUACCAGAAGCACAAACUACCCGAUUGGAGAUUAUGCCAUCAAUGACGCCGGUGGAAUUCGAGCCUAUGUCUACUCGACCAGCAUGCAAACCAACCCCUACACCUACUCAUCCCUCAACUCAUUGUCAGCUGUCCACCAAUUCGGCACAGUCUGGUCCACCAUGUUGUACGAAAUGUACUGGAACCUCAUUGACACUCACGGCAACACGGACGCUCUCACUCCCUCCUUGGACGCCAAUGGAGUCCCCACGGAUGGAAAAUAUUUGACCAUGAAGCUCGUUUUGGACGCUUUGGCUUUGCAACCUUGCAACCCCACGUUUCUGCAGGCGAGAGAUGCCAUUUUGGACGCGGAUCAGGCGUUGACGAGUGGAAGCAAUCUGUGUGAUAUUUGGACGGCUUUUGCUAAACGUGGUUUGGGUGAGAAUGCUGCGGCUCCUGGUGGGGUUUAUACGGAUGAUUUUACGAUUCCGGAUGGGGUUUGUUAG